AUAAAUAAAAAAAGGGGCACAAAAACAGAAACAGAGUAAAAGAGUCUGAGAGAUUGGUCGGGGGAGUAAGAGGUGUUAAUUGUCUCCUGUCUCCUGGAUCGCGGCCACUUCGCCGUCAAAAAAUAUCUCAGAGAUUCUCAUUGGGCCGCCAUUGAUGAACCCAACCUACUCACUCUGUGAAGACACAUAACGUGAAUGUUCUGUCUAUUUUUACAUCUCCCCUAGGCCCUCACACACGGGAUGAUAUAACAAUAACAAACCUUGCCGAGAUUUGAAGAAAGAACAUCAAAUCAAAACCCAAUUCCGAAUUUGACUUCAUUGCUUCUUACUGAGACAAAGGUUUAAACAUUGAGGAGUUUACGGUCCGUGUACUGCGUUGAGGCUACAAGAAGAAGGUUAUAUAUAAAGGAAAAAAGGAAGAAGCUUUUUUAGUUUUUUUUUUUGCAAGUUGUGAUUGAAAUGAUGAGUGUGGUGGGAAGAAGUGAAGUUGUUGAUGAUGUGUUCUUUGAUUCAUCCGAUGUUUUGUCUGUUGGUGAACAACUAGUAGUAGUAGAGAAAGAAGAAGAAGCAGGGUUUCUAGUUUGGUCAGGUGUGCCAGUUAGUGUUGAGGAGCGUCGUGAAAGGUUUCUCAAGAGAAUGGGUUUAUUAGUAGAAGAGAGAUUUGAGUCCAUGAGUUUGGAGAGGAUGACAAGCGAUGAGGUUACUACUAGUUCUUCUUCAGAUUCAUCUCUAUGUGAUAACGAGUUGCAGUGUUGUGUUAGAGAGGAGAAUUAUGGAUCAACCACUUCAAUGUCUGAUGAUGAGGAACUAGACGGAGAGGAUGAUGAUGAUGAUUCAGAAGAGAUCUCAACCAGUGCUUCUGUAAGUCCAUCUCGGAGUUUCAGCAAGAAAAGCUCGAAGAAGUGGUUGUUCAAUUGCUUUGCAGGAGAAAAGGAGAAAGAUUUCAAAUACAACAAAUCGAGUGAAGCGACGAUGAGCAAAGUGAAGGUGAAGACUAAUAAGAAGAGUCAUGUAGAGUUAUCUGCAACUUACAUAGUACAAAAGAUAGAUGGACACAAUGGGAAAAUAUGGACAUUGAAGUUUAGUCCUGAUGGUAAAUACUUAGCAACAGGAGGCGAAGAUGGAGUUGUAAAGAUAUGGCGAAUCACGCUAUCGGAUUCUUUACUCGCCUCUUUUAUGCGACAACAAGAACCAAUAAGCCAACAAGAAGCAUUAGUUCUGUUUCCUCAGAAAGCUUUUCAUAUAGAAGAAACACCGUUUCAAGAACUUUAUGGUCAUACCGGAGAUGUUUUGGACUUAGCAUGGUCAGACUCAAACUUGCUUCUUUCAGCUUCUAAGGACAAGACAGUUCGGUUAUGGAGUAUUGGUUGUGAUCAAUGUCUUCAUGUCUUCCAUCAUAACAACUACGUGACUUGUGUUCAAUUCAAUCCUGUAAAUAAGAACAACUUCAUAAGUGGAUCAAUAGAUGGAAAAGCUCGAAUCUGGGGUUUGUCAGAAGAGAGAGUCGUCGCUUGGACCGAUCUCCAUGAUUCCAUUUCUGCGAUUUGUUACCAACCAAACGGAAAUGGGUUCGUUGUUGGUUGCAUCACCGGAACUUGUAGGUUCUAUCAAAUCUCAGGCAACGAUGUGAUGAUGGAUGAACAGAUUCUUAUCCGGGGACGGAAUAGAAUCACCGCGGUGGAGUUUUGUCCUGGAAGCUCCGAGAGAGUAAUGGUAUCUUCCGACGAUUCGAAAGUUCGAGUAUUUGAUAAAGCUCAAAUCUUUCACAAAUUCAAAGCUCCGUCGAAAUAUGGGAGACAGUCGUCGGCGUCGUUUGUUUCUUCCGCCGGAAAACAUAUUUUAUCAGUCCGACGAGGUCUCGGAAUCUAUCUCUGGAACAACGAUGGUUUCCCGGCGAAGAAUCGCGCGGAAUCGUCGAGUUCUUUCGAGUAUUUUCACUCGCCGGGUGUAUCCGCGGCGGCGGCUUGGACUCCGCCGGGAAUGGAAGUAUGGAAAGCGGCUGAAUCAGGGCGAGCGCUGAGACAAUUACAGAGCUCCGGGAGAUUGUCUCGCUCCAGCCGUGUUACCGCCACGUGGCCGGAGGAGAAGCUACUGAUGAAUGUAGGAAUUUACGAUAGUACUACCCUCCCCGUCGGCGGGUUUGAUUUUGCCGAGGCGUGGAGGCUGGUCAUCGUGACGGCGAGCUUGGAUGGGAUGAUUAGGACAUUCCAUAACUAUGGACUGCCACGUAGAUUAUAGUUGAUUCGAUAUUAUUAUUUUUUUGUUGUCUAAAUAUUAGAUAUUAUAGUUUUCUAUUCCUUCACUUCCAAGUUCCUCUACCUGUAUAAUGGUAUUGUUCAAGCCUCGAUGUCAAUGAUACUCUAUUACUCCCAA